AUGGACGACUCAGAAGUGAAGCCAGAGGAGCCAGAAACACAACCCAACGAAGACCAAACCGCUGUCACAGAAUCAACCCAGCCCGACCAACAAUCUAACAUGGAAGCCAAUGAUAGCACCACUGAACCAGCCGACCGACCCUACGACGAUGACGCCGACGAAGCCACCCGCAUCGCCUCCCUCGCAGCCGGCAUCCGCGACCAAGACGACCUGGAGCGGGACAUUGGCCGUCAAGCCGACGCCCUCCUCAUCGAACAAGCAGACGAACGCGACAACAAACGUCUCGAGCGCACAAAAGCCGACAAAGCCCGUCUCGACGGCCAAGUCCACCGCUUGGAGAAGAAGUUGACCGAGUUCGGCAAUCAAGCAACCAAGAACAGAUAUCGUGCCGAGAUUGCGAAUUACAAGACUCAGAUUGAAGGUCUACAAACGGAUCUAGAUCAGAUUCAGAAGAGAAUCGAUGAUAGGAAGAAUGAGGCUGCUGCGGAGGGAGAUACUUUGCUGGGAGAGGCGGGUAAUCAGAAGUUGCCUGGUGAGAGUCAGAGGGACUUCUUGAUCAGGACAGGAAAAAUCACGCCCUUUUCAAAGAUGGGCAGGCAGUUGUUGCGAACUUCGUCAAGCCUCGCUGAAGUCAUGUUUGAUGCUGAAGAGGAAGAGGAUGAAGAAAUGGCUGAUCAGGAACCUCAAGCCGACGCUCAACGGUCACAUCGUAAUCUGAGGAUGCCUGGAUUUGCCGAGGACGAAAAGAGCGAGCCCGAAGAGGAAGAAGAGUUUCCUGAGGAGCGACCUACCAAGAGACGAAGACUGCAAUCAAAAGCCAAAGGUAAGGGUCUUGCAGAAAAGGACGAGGACGUCGAGCUGGAGUCCGCACAAGAGGAAGAGGAUGAAUACAUACCGGACCUGGAUGACAAGGAGCUUGCUGCUGUUGGAGAGUCGAACGAUGAUGAGGAGCCAGAAGAUGAGGAUGUCGAUGGCGACUUCUCCUUGGGUACAUCUGGAACCAACAAGCGCAAGAAGGGAGCGAAGAAGGUCACCAAGAAAUCACAACAAGCAGCCGACGCCCAAGAAGAUCUUGCUGGAAUCGAUGACGGCAAUGAGAAGGUAUACCAGGCCAGAUUACAGAGCUGGAUCAGAAGACGAAGUGCUGCUCGCCGGAAACACCAAGGUUCAGCCAAGUCUGGAGGAGAAGCAAUCGACGUCGAUAUGGAACAAGAUGAAGAUGAAGAGGACAAGCCGAACCAGGAAGGUGAGCACGAAUGGCACCUGCCACAUCCAACUCAGACAGAUGCAGAGUUUGAAGGCGGCUACCGGAUACCUGGCGACAUCUACCCAUCACUCUUUGACUACCAAAAGACCGGUGUGCAAUGGCUGUGGGAGCUCUACUCACAACAAGUCGGUGGUAUCAUCGGAGACGAAAUGGGUCUGGGCAAGACCAUUCAGAUCAUCUCCUUCAUUGCUGGUCUGCACUACUCGAAGAAGGUCACGAAACCCAUCCUCAUUGUCUGUCCCGCAACAGUCAUGAAGCAAUGGGUGAACGAGUUUCAUCGAUGGUGGCCACCACUGCGAGUAUCCAUUCUCCAUACUUCUGGAAGUGGUAUGCUGGAUGUGAAGCGAGAAGACAGGCUGGAGGACGAUCUGGACAACUUCGACUUUGAUGGCAACCCGAUCAAGCCUUCGAAAGGCAAUAAAUCUGCCAAGCGUAUUGUUGACAAGGUUCAGAGAGAUGGUCACGUUUUGGUGACAACGUACUCUGGCUUGCAGACCUACGCUGAGCACCUCAUCCCUAUGGAGUGGGAAUACUGCGUUCUAGACGAAGGCCACAAGAUCAGAAACCCUAACACGGCAAUCACAAUCUACAGUAAAGAGAUCCGCACACAUAACAGAAUCAUCCUUUCUGGUACGCCCAUGCAGAAUAACUUGACCGAACUCUGGUCUCUCUUCGACUUUGUCUUCCCCAUGAGACUCGGUACCCUGGUCAGCUUCAAGCAGCAAUUCGAGACUCCAAUCAAACAAGGUGGGUAUGCGAACGCAUCCAACCUGCAAGUCGAGACUGCCAUGAAAUGUGCAGAAACAUUGAAAGACACGAUCAGUCCUUACCUCCUCCAGCGAUUCAAGGUCGAUGUGGCAUCCGAUCUGCCCAAGAAGAGCGAAAGAGUCUUGUUCUGCAAGUUGACCAAACCUCAGCGUGACGCCUAUGAGUACUUCUUAAAUUCUGGUGACAUGACUGCUAUCUUGGCUGGCAAGCGACAGGCGCUCUAUGGUAUUGACAUUCUGCGCAAGAUUUGCAAUCAUCCCGACUUGACUGAGCACAAAACCCUGUCCAUCAAAGCAGACUACAACUAUGGUAAUGCCAACAAGUCUGGAAAGAUGCAAGUUGUCAAGGCUCUGCUCGAAAUUUGGAAGAAAAACGGCCACAAGACUUUGUUGUUCGCCCAACAUCGCAUUAUGCUCGAUAUUCUUGAAAGAUUCGUCAGAGAAAUGGGUGGCAUCAAUUAUCUCCGCAUGGAUGGUAAUACAUCCAUCAAGGAUAGACAAACACUUGUCGACAAGUUCAACAAGAAUCCUGACUUACAUGUCUUCCUCCUCACAACGAAAGUUGGUGGUCUAGGUGUGAACCUUACUGGCGCAGACCGAGUCAUCAUCUAUGAUCCCGAUUGGAACCCAUCUACUGAUGUCCAAGCCCGAGAACGAGCCUGGCGACUUGGUCAGAAGCGCGAAGUCGAAAUCUACCGUUUAAUGACCGCGGGCACUAUCGAAGAGAAGAUCUACCACCGACAAAUCUUCAAGCAAUUCCUGACCAACAAGAUUCUGAGAGAUCCCAAACAGAGACAGACAUUCCAAUUGAGAGAUCUACACGAUCUGUUCACGUUGGGCGAGGCAACUGCAGAUGGACAGACUGAAACAGGCAGUAUCUUCAAAGGCACAGAAGUCCAACUCUCAGGCCCAAAAGCCGAUAUCUCAGACCCCAAAGCUCAAGAACAAGAGCAAGCCUCAACAACGACCGCAGCCGAAAAAGCCGCAAAAGAAAAAGAAAUGCAAUCCAUCAUCGGCGUCUCCCACGCCGAAGAUUUCCAAGGCGAAGAAGAAAAGCCCACACCCGCCACAGAUGACGGCACAGAAAACGGAACAAAUACCAGAGACGAACGCAUGCUCGGUGCCAUCUUUGCCCGUUCAGGUGUCACCUCCGCCCUCUCCCACGACGACAUCAUCUCCGGAAACUCUGGCACCCGCAAAGUCACCGCGGACCCUGAGAUCAUCGCCAAAGAAGCCAAGCGUGUCGCCGCAAUCGCAGCAGCCGAGCUCAAGAAGGCAGGAGAAAUUGCCAGGAAUUUGCCUGCUGGGAGUGUGUCUUGGACAGGCACAUUCGGUACUGCAGGUCGUCCUUCCACUCCCUCUCGUCGCGGCGGAUUCGGUGCGUCAAGGGGCAGAGGUGGGAUGAGUAGAGGUGGGCCCUCAAGCACAAGCAUCCUCAGCCAUCUUUCUGCUCGUCAAGGCAUCACUUCUUCGCGUCCUUCCACUCCCUCGACCUCUACCUCGCGAGCAGCAACACCUUCAACGCAAUCGCAGCCAAAAGGCAGAGAGUUCCUGGCGCUGAUCAGGGAUUACCUAUUAGCGCAUGGAGGCAAAGUCUACACGCAAAACUUGAUUGAUCAUUUCAAUCGGUUCUGUGGUAGCGCGCAGAGGACGGCAGAGUUCAAGGAGAUGCUGAAGGUUAUUGCGGUCUUGGAGAAGGGGUCUAGGGGAAGAGGCAAGUGGGUGCUUAGAGAAGAGUAUAAGAAGGGUGUUUGA